UCGAUUCAACAGGCGAUUCACGCAGGGAAAAGUCGAUCCAGGGAAAAAUCGCUGCUACUACUGUUCUCCUUUUGAGAUGCGUGAUGUGUUACGUGAUCCAGGAUAGGCUUACCGUGACUGGAUGUGGCCAUGCGUAAUGCAAUAAAGAGCAGUCAGCCGGUGCAGGUGACCCACCUGUGACCCGACCAAUCUUCUCAUCUCCUGCCUGCCUCCUCCGCACCGAAAUCCUCAUCCUCGUUGUCUUCGUGCAUCACAGUCACACAACCACCAGGUAAUCAGGAUAGAUACGGCGUAUGCUUUUAAUUUCCUCUACUACUACUAGUAUUUGGGAUAAUUAAGGAUCACAUAGAAUCGGAGGAGGUAUUCAUUCAAUGAGUAAGCUAAACACAUCAUCCUCCGAAUUGGAUUUGGAUCGCCCAAAUAUCGAAGAUUAUCUACCUUCUGGAUCCAUUCAAGAACCCCACGGAAAACUCCGCCUCCGUGAUUUGCUCGAUAUUUCACCGACUCUAACCGAGGCAGCUGGUGCCAUUGUUGAUGAUUCUUUCACAAGAUGCUUCAAAUCUAACCCUCCAGAACCCUGGAACUGGAACAUAUAUUUGUUUCCUUUAUGGUGUUUGGGAGUUGUUGUCAGAUACGGGUUUCUUUUUCCAUUAAGGGUUUUUGUGCUCACAGUAGGAUGGAUUAUAUUUCUUUCAUGCUAUUUUCCAGUGCAUUUCCUGCUAAAAGGUCAUGAUAAACUGAGAAAAAAAUUAGAGAGAGGUUUGGUGGAGUUGAUUUGCAGUUUCUUUGUUGCAUCAUGGACUGGGGUAGUCAAGUACCAUGGUCCACGACCCAGCAUGCGGCCUAAGCAGGUUUUUGUAGCUAAUCACACAUCCAUGAUCGAUUUCAUUGUAUUGGAACAAAUGACUGCAUUUGCAGUGAUCAUGCAAAAGCAUCCUGGAUGGGUUGGAUUAUUGCAAAGUACAAUAUUGGAGAGUUUAGGGUGUAUAUGGUUCAACCGCUCAGAGUCUAAGGAUCGUGAGAUUGUUGCAAGAAAGUUAAGAGAACAUGUUAAUGCGUUGGAUAGUAAUCCUCUGCUUAUAUUCCCUGAGGGAACUUGUGUGAAUAACCAUUACACAGUGAUGUUUAAGAAGGGUGCUUUUGAACUUGGCUGCACAGUAUGUCCAAUUGCAAUCAAGUAUAACAAGAUUUUCGUUGAUGCCUUCUGGAACAGCCGAAAGCAAUCCUUCACAACACACUUGUUGCAGCUUAUGACAUCCUGGGCUGUUGUUUGUGAUGUUUGGUACCUGGAGCCCCAAAAUCUGAAACCGGGGGAAACUCCAAUUGAAUUUGCUGAAAGGGUGAGGGACAUCAUCUCUGUUCGAGCCGGGCUCAAGAAGGUGCCUUGGGAUGGGUAUUUGAAAUACUCUCGUCCCAGCCCAAAGCAUCGCGAGCGAAAGCAGCAAAGCUUUGCAGAUUCGGUUCUCCGCCGCCUGGAAGAGAAGUAGAAGUGUAUGUUUGCUGGAUAGGGAUAGGGAUAGGGAUAGGGGUAGGUAUGGUUGUUUCUUGUUUGUGGGAUAGGGAGUUGGAAGGUUUCUGUUAAGGAAUCAGUUGUUACAUCUUUCCUGCGAUGCUACUAAUUAUCAGAUGAUGGUUCACCAACUUAACUCUUGUUGUUUUUGCUUGUUCCCUUUGUUCUUAAUAAAAAAUAUUACCGUCGUGUUGAAUA